GCAUAUCUUGAAAGGCAUAUGACAGUUCUUGAAAAUGCAAACGCAGAAGAUUUUAAUGAUGCAGUCAAGUGUAAUAUUUUAAAAUCUAUGAUAAGUAGAAAAUAUGCUCCAUUAAGAGCAAAAUACCAACAGAUAACAAUUGAAAAUCAGCAAUUAGCUAUACAAAGAUUGAUUCAAGAAAAAUAUCAACCUUAUGAUACUCUAGAUACUUAUGAAGCUAGAGUUUGGCCACUAUUAUUAGAAGUGGCAAACAAUGAUAUGCAACAAAAGGCUGAUUUUCAAUCACAAAUAACUCAGCAAGCAGUUGCUCAAAAAGCACAAACACCAGCUCUACAAACUGUUAAAUCAGUUAGACAGCCAAAAGGUCCACUAUCUUUAUUACAAACAGAAGAAGAUAUAGAAAAUUAUCACUUAUUACAAUUUUUAAAUAAUUUAGAUAUAUUUAGUACAAAAGAUUUAGAGAGAAAUUAUUCUAUAAAACCUUUUCAAAGAUCUUACCUACAGCAAAGCAAUGUCUCUUAUACAGAUGUGUCAGUUACUCUGAAGGAUAAAAAAAACAAGACUGUCACAAUUAUUGGAAAUUUUGUUUGUAUUGAUAAUGGCAAAUCUGAACCAAUGCUAUUUUUAGAUAUGUCAAAUAUUCAAAAGCUUCAAGGCAUCUCCAAGCCAAAUAAAAACCAGUUUCACAUAAAGUUAUAUAGGAAAACCUAUAUUAUUCUAACAUAUAACAAAGCUCUAGUAGCUAAGGAUUUGCCAAAAGAGGAGCAGAAGGUAGUCUCUCAGAAAUCCUCCUUGAAUGAUUCAGUUCAAAUUUCCUCUAGUCUGACUAGUAAGGUUCUUGCAGAAAGAUGUUCUCAACUUACUGAGACAAAGAUGAAAGAAUAA